UAAAAAUAACAUGUUCUAUACGUGAAUUUUUAUAUUGAAUAUAUUUCUUGAAUAAAGUAAAUUUUGAUAAUUAAAAAUGGGCUCUUCGGUAGUCUUAAAAAGUCUCUCCAUUUUAUUGGGAAUUUUCUUCAUUUUUAUUGGAACUAUGAAACUCACAUCUCACAUUUCCAAAGAAUUACAUAAAGAUUUGAGAAAAGAAUAUGUAAAAUACGCUAAAGUAUUUCCGUUAAGCCAGACCUUAGACUUCAAAUUGCCCUCCAAAUGGUAUCGACGCGUCGUCGGAGUGCUGGAGGUAUGCUGCGGUAUGGCGAUGGCUGCGGCCCCAAAUCAUUUGAUUAAAAAUUCUGCGAACGGAAUUCUAUUAGCAUUGAUGUGUCUCGCUGUAUAUUCGCAUCACAUGGUGAGUGAUCCUUUCGAACGCUCAGCGCCUGCUCUGGUAUUUUUGUUCAUGCUUGCUGGACGACUCGUAGUCUGGUUCCAAAUUAGCCGACGAGAGCAGGCGGGUGCAAGAACUGCUGCCGUAGCCAACGGCGGUGUCAAACACGAUUAAGACAGUAUUAUCAAUGUAAUUUUGAGACUAUUUCGAUUAUUUUAAACGAACCGUAAUAUUUUGAGCUAUUUGUUCAAUGUAAUAUUAUUUGACAAAAUAAAGUUUCGAUUGGCUGCAUCGUUCACGCAGCCGCCCGUGUACUGUAUGUUU